UACACUGGUCUAUUUAAGCCAUUUUAUAUUUAGAAUCUGAGCUCCCUAUGGCCUUAAGGCUGCCUCUUUUAAUGGGCCCUCUCCUGCAUUGAAAAUCACAGGAAGGGCACCACAAGGAUGGCGGAGGGAGGGACUGCCUCUCCAUCUUACGUUACCGCGCUACAGUCGAGUGUUGAAGUCAGCACGGAGCCCACUGCGCCAAAGAGCCUGCCUCCUCAUCCAAAUGUGAUCAAACUCCGCUCAGAGGCGCAUCAGCAUUUUACAUUUCACUGAAUCCCCCUUUUACGCACCGGUGCCUCGCUGCAGAGCCCGGGCGGCGCGGGGCAGCCCAGAGGCCGGUCUGUCUGCGCCGUGAGUGACGGCGGCAGCUGCGGAGCUGGAAGAGGAGCGUUCUCAUGGGACUCCGCGGCUUUGAAGCGCCUGAUCUGGAGGCAACGUGAGGAGCGCGCAUACCUCCAGAAAACGGUGACAACAAGACUCUCCCCGCCUGCUCCUGACAGCUGCCGAGGAGCUGACACCGGCCAGGCCCGGUGGGUAGGAGAAGGCACCGGGAGAGAAGGGGAAGAAGUCAUCUUUAAGCAGGAGCAGAGGAACCACCACCGAAGCCAGAAGGCUGCGGGUUGUAGUAUGGGAGCGCUAUGUUGUCCAGGAAGGGACUCAUUCCUGAGGAUUACCUGCUGACACGUCUGGCUGAGGAUGUCCUGCAACCAAAGUUUAAGGCGAAACCGGGAAAGGCUCGGUUCGUCGCCAAGAACGGCACCUGCAAUGUGGCGCACACCAACAUCCGAGAACAGGGCCGGUUCCUGCAGGACGUCUUCACCACCCUGGUGGAUCUAAAAUGGCUCCACACGCUCAUCAUCUUCACCAUGUCCUUCCUGUGCAGCUGGCUCCUCUUCGGGAUGAUCUGGUGGCUCGUUGCCUUUGCGCACGGCGACCUGGACCAGAGAGGAGACGACUUUGUCCCGUGCGUAACGGACAUUCACUCCUUCUCCUCCGCCUUCCUCUUCUCCAUAGAGGUCCAGGUGACCAUCGGCUUCGGAGGCCGGAUGGUCACGGAGGAGUGCGUGUCCGCCAUCAUCAUCCUGAUCGUGCAGAACAUCGUGGGGCUGGUCAUCAACGCCAUCAUGCUGGGAUGCAUCUUCAUGAAAACGGCGCAGGCCAACCGGCGCGCAGAGACGCUCAUUUUCAGCAAACACGCCGUCAUCUCUGUCCGAAACAACAAGCUGUGCUUCAUGGUCCGCAUCGGCGACCUGCGGAAAAGCAUGAUCAUCAGCGCCACCGUGCGGAUGCAGGUCGUCAGGAGAACCACCACGGAGGAGGGAGAAGUGGUGCCGCUGGACCAGAUCGACAUCCACAUGGACAACCCGGUGGGAACCAAUGGCGUCUUCCUGGUGUCUCCUCUCAUCAUCUGCCACGUGAUCGACAAGGAUAGCCCUCUGUACGAGCUGUCGGCCUCCGACCUGCAGCACGAGGACAUCGAGGUGAUCGUGGUGCUGGAGGGGGUCGUGGAGACCACCGGCAUCACCACGCAGGCCAGGACCUCCUACGUGUCGGAAGAGAUCCUGUGGGGGCAGCGCUUCGUGCCAACAGUGUCCGAGGAGGACGGCAUGUACGCGGUGGACUACUCCAAGUUCGGCAACACCGUAAAGGUUCCGACUCCUUGCUGCAGCGCCAAGAAACUGGACCAGGCGGGAGGCAUCGCUCAGUUUAAGCUGAACGAGGGCGUCACCUUGCGGUCGUCCGUGAGAAGACGGAGAGGCGCCGCAGUGGUGCGCAGGUCCAAGAUGGAGAGCCAGUAGAAGAUUCCUGGUCUAUCUGCCAGUAUUCUGUAUGAGAAGUAACUGUUAAAGCUUGAGCAUUGCGGAAUGACAAAAUCAUAUUUAUUAUAUAAUAAAUUAUGCAUCAGGGCUGCACAGUGGGGUAGUGGUUAGCACUUUCGCCUUGCAGCAAGAACAUCCCCGGUUCAAAUCCCGGGGUGGGCCUGGGAUCUUUCUGCAUGGAGUUUGCAUGUUCUCCCUGUUUAUGCGUGGGUUUUCUCCGGGUGCUUCGGCUUCCUCCCACAGUCAAAAAAUAUGCUGAGGUUAAUUGAUUACUCUAAAUUGUCCGUAGGUGUGAAUGUGAGUGUCACUGUCUGUAUAUGUAGCCCUGUGACAGACUGACGACCUGUCCAGGGUGUCCCCUGCCUUCGCCCAAGUCAGCUGGGAUAGACUCCAGCACCCCCCGCGACCCUAGUGAGGAUAAAGCGGUGUAUAGAGGAUGGAUGGAUGGACUAUGCAUCAACUGUAAUCGCUAAUCCACAUUACAUCUCUAUACAGUGAAAUGAAGCACACAAGUUUUUAACUCAGGGUCAGCGUGCAAAUGCACAAAGAUAUGGAAAACGAAAAGGGCCAAAAUUCACUUCAAUUUAUAUUAAAACAACAGAAUAUCAAAUGUACUAACUCUUAUCCUCAGAGGACUCUUAGAUGAAUACUUCUUCACCCUAAAGGCAUGAAAUUAACUUCUAUUAACAGUAACUGAAUUCUUAAAAUGGUUAAAUAUCUGUAAACAUCAAGCUGCAAGUCAUAUAAUACUGAGCAUGUCUGAAUAUUUCUGACAGUAAACACAGCAUUUAUGACACUCACAUACAAUUACACUGCAGAUUCUAGGCUAGAGUGUUCUUUAAAAAGGGUCAUCUCUACAUAAUGCAAUAAAAAUGAGGAAAAUAUACACUGCAAAAAGAAAUCCGUAAAAAAAUCAAAUCUGGCAUCUCUGCUGCCAGUAAUAAGUCAUUAAAAAUGGUUAAAUACUGUGAAAGUAACAGCAAAUGUUUGUAGAAUACUGAUAUGUUUAAAUAGAUCAUGACUGUAAUUUUAUGUACAAAUCGAUGUGGACAUUGGGUGCAUUUUUUUCUUUUUUUCUGGAAUUUUACCAAGUAUCUGUAAUUUAACAAAACAGGAAAUGGUGUAAAAUAACAUUUUAAACAUUAAUUUUCCAUCAUUGAAUCUUUAAUAAACAGAUUUUAUUAAAGAUAAUGGCAAAGAUCUGUAAAACAUUUUUUGCUGAUUUGAACCGAAUAAAAACUGAACAUUUUACAGUCAAAUGUUGUAAAAGA